AUGGGACGCUUUCGCGUCUCUGCUGCCAUCUUCGUGGAGUGCUCGAAUCAGCCUGCGCUCGAGGAAGCGAAGUGGAUAUUGCGGCUUAUGGAGGAAGCGGACUGCCCCAUCGUGGGACUGAUUGCCAACAUCUGCGUGCAGAAAGGAGCCCCGGAGGUGCAGGAAUACUUGGACCGGCUACGUGAUGCCAACGGCAUGCUUCCGAAGGGGUUGAAAGGAGCGCGAUGCGUGUGCAUGAUGUGGGAAAAUCAGGCAGAUGACGCUUGCUUGGAUGCUCGGUUUUUGGAAGGGCUGGAGUGCCUUGGCAGGUUUGGUUUGGUCUGGGAGUUCUGCUGUGAGCCCCGAAUGGCUCCUUACCUCUCGGCCUGCAUCGCACGGUUUCCAGAUAUGGUGUUUGUCAUUGACCACUUGGCUCACAAUGGAAAUCGGGGCGGUGAGAUGGAGGUUUGGGGCCCGGCGAUGGACAGCCUUGGCAAGUUGAAGAACGUCUAUGUGAAGCUGGGGGCCUCCGAACAGUGGGACGUGCCCAAUCCUGCAGACUUCCUGGAUCGGGCGGUUAAAGCCUUUGGCUUUGACCGUCUGCUCUACGAGUCUAACUGGUUUGUAAACGAGGCCAUGGGAGAUUCCUACGACAAGACCGCAGGCCUUGUGUAUGAUGCGUGUGUGCGAGCACGUGCUACAAAGGCGGAACUGCGCAAGGUGUUCCAUGACAACGCAUGCAAAGCGUACCAGCUCGACGCGUGA